GAUGAAAGCCCAGCCCUACCGUUAACCCCCCCUUCCCCUGGGGCCCUCGUCUCAAGCCCACUCCGAACGGGAGAGAGGCUCAAAUAUAUCGUCGGCCCACGGCUCGCCUGGAUGUGAGAUUUGGAUCAGCAACUCUUAGGCAUGCCUGUGUAGAGUCCUCACGAUGGGCCGGCCAUGGGAAGUGGUGUUUACGCUGCUAAUCGCUCUGCAGGGCGUCCUCUCUCUCCCCACCCGGGUCAUCACAAGCCCAGGCCGAUCUGACAACACGGCCUGGAUCGUUGCCAGCGAAAAACACCCAGCCGGCGGUGUUAUCCCACCCAUCCUUGAGACCGAGACCGCCAAACGCGUCACCCCGGUGUCGAAUUUGACUACUUCAGUCCCAAAGCCGACUCCUUUGCUCGUCACAGCUUCCGCUGUUGCGAGUCUGCACUUGUCGUUGCCCACCGGCGCCGUCAAUAUGCCCGGCCAAGACAUCUUCGCCGAUCCCAUUUCCACGGAUGCGCCACCUGCCACAUUCGGCAAAAAGGGGGAUCAUCCCGUGCCGAGACUGGGCGUUCGGGGCAACGGCCCAUUCGAGACCAACAAGUUCUAUGGCAGCCUGCAACUCGGAACCCAGACCUCCCCGGUCUUCCUCCACCCGUACUCGGUCGUCUGGGCUCGAGGCGAGGGUUCUUCCAAGAGCUGGGGACUGGCAAUCUCGCAUGUUGAGGCCAGCCAGAGAGUCUACGGCGAGACCAACCAGUCGACGGGAGCUGCGGAAUACUUCCUCAACCCCGUGGGGAUCCAUUCCGUCUGCCUCUCGGCGAAGGAGCUGGGGAAUGACACCGCCCUCACCACCGAGGAGCUGACCGACUUCUCCGUCCGGGUCGGCCUGCGCCCGAGCGCCGAGGCGCCGCCCGCGGUGCAGUUCCCCUUGGUCCAGGGGCUCGGCUUCAUCACGGCCAUCUACGAUGGCGCAACCCCCGUGCUCCAGACGGGCGAACGCUUCAAGGCGGUGACGCGGGCAUCCGCGGACCCCAAGGACGGGGUCGUUAAGUACAAGCUCGAGCUCGAGUCCGGAACCAUCUGGCUGGCGUAUGCGCACCACACCGAGGGCGACCCGCUGGAUCUGGAGUCGACCGACACCGGGCUCGCUCAGGCAAAGGGGCCGUUUCGCGGCUUCAUCCAGGUGGCUAAGGACCCGGGAGACGGCGAGAAGGUGUAUGACCAGGCCGCCGGUGCCUACGCCACCGGCGUCCAGCUCUCCGGGUCCGUCGACGGCGCAAGGGGGACAUAUACCUUCUCGUUCAAGAAGGCCGGCAUCGAAGGGACCACGCUCGUCAUGUUCGCGCUGCCUCAUCACGUAGGCUCCUUCGAUGACGCCACCAAGGCUAAAGUGACGGACCUGAAGCUGCAGACCACGACUAAGGGGGUGGGAGCCGCCGUCGUGGCCGACUCCUGGACCAUGGUCGAGGACAACCUGCCGACAAACAUCGGAUUCCUGCCGUGGUCUCCCGAGGCCGGGAGCGCCGCCAACAUCUCGGAUGGCACUAAGCAGGCCAUUCACGGCGUCGCGCAGGCCGAGGUCUCGCAGGAUAUCAAGCAGCUGUCUGACGUAGACUCGAUGUACUUCGCCGGAAAGGCGCUGGCCAAGUAUGCCACCCUCGUCCUGGCAAUCCGGGAGAUGCUGGGGGAUCAGGCCAUGGCCCAGACCGGGUUGAACCAGCUGAAAGAGGCAUUCGCCCGCGUUGCGCAGAAUCAGCAAAAGCACCCGCUGGUAUAUGAGAGUAAGUUGCCCUGUCGCCGGCCAGAAAUGUCGCUUCCGAGAAUUCCGAGGGGCUCCGUUAGAGCGACUGACGCCGCCAAAAACAAACAAGGUGCCUGGGGAGGCGUCGUUUCGUCCGCCACGUACGACACGGGCGACACCGGGCUCGACUUUGGCAACACGCUCUACAACGACCACCACUUCCACUGGGGCUACUUCAUCUACACGGCAGCCGUGAUCGGACAUCUCGACCCGUCGUGGGCGGAGGAAAACAAGGCCUACGUCAACACGCUCGUCCGCGACAUCGCCAACCCCAGCUCAAACGACCAGUACUUCCCCCUCUGGCGGUCCUUUGACUGGUACCACGGCCACAGCUGGGCUCACGGGCUCUUCGACGCGCUCGACGGCAAAGACCAAGAGUCCAGCUCAGAAGACACCAUGCACACCUACGCCCUGAAGCUGUGGGGGUCUGUGAUUGGUGACACGAACCUGGAAGCCCGCGGCAACCUCAUGCUCGCGGUCCAGAGCCGCUCUCUCCGGUCCUACUACCUCUACACCUCGGACAACACGAUCCAGGACCCCAAGUUUAUCGGAAACAAGGUGGCCGGCAUCCUGUUCGAGAACAAGGUCCACCACACGACCUACUUCGGCAACAACACCGAGUACAUCCAGGGCAUCCACAUGCUGCCGCUGCUGCCGCAGACCCCCUACGUGCGCACCCCAGCCUUUGUCCGCGAGGAGUGGGAGACCUACUUCAGCAACGGCCGCGCCGACGCCAUCGCGGGCGGCUGGAGGGGCGUGCUGCUGGGCAACUACGCCACCGUCGACCCAAAGGCUGCCUACGACUUCUUCGCCAGGUCCGACUUUGACAGCUCCUGGCUGGACGACGGCGCCACCCGGACCUGGUAUAUGUGCUAUGCUGCCGCGUUGGGCAAGCUGUGAGCGUUUGCCCGUGACGGGUCGACUUCCGCAUGUCGUGAUCUCUGUCUGCCGGACCGCGCCAGCUACGUCCUUUCGUUUUUUGGUCACACUU